CGGGGAGAGUAAACAGCAUCAGUCAUUACUGUGAAUUCAACCAAGUGCAUCAACAUGAUCGCUUACAAAAUAACAGCCGUUUUGCUACUGGCGUCAGUCGCUGCAGCUCGACCUUCGGAAGGCUGGGAACCGGAAGGCCACUCGCACACAGAACACACGAAACCUUACCACGUAACUGUUGUCAAGAAGAUAGGGGUACCAAUCCCUCACCCAGUGGCAGUAUCAGUUCCCCAGUAUGUGAAGAUACCGAUUCCGCAACCCUAUCCCGUUCAUGUGACUGUUGAACAACCGAUACAUGUACCAGUUUACAAGGUUGUCCCUCAGAUAGUGGAAAAGCCAGUUCCAUACACCGUGGAGAAACCAGUCCCCUAUGAAGUGGAGAAACCCUACCCCGUGGAAGUGGAGAAGAAGGUUGAGGUACCCAUCCCAAAACCUUACCCAGUCCACGUGCCUGUUUACAAACACAUCUACCAUCAUAAGGGAGGAAAACAUUAACUCUUCUGUAAACAGCCGUCAUUAGAGUCGUCAAUUAGAACAUAAUCAAAAAUUAAUUAUUAUAUAUCUGAUUUAUAUGCUCCGUUUCAAACAAUGGUUAUAUGAGAUUAGACUAGAUCAGUAAAAGUCUUAGUGAACGACUCUAAAUUUUGUUGGAAAUCUUAUAAAGAAAAUUAUAUCCAGUACAGGAAUUUCCAAAGCUUUUCUAUUGUUUAAGGAAAUCAUGUUUUCCAAUUUCUUUAAAAAUCUUAGAUUACGGAGUCCAAAGCAGUAUUAGGAGGUUUAAGCCGGUUAGUACCGGAUAAAGCGGUUUUUACCGGAUUUGUAAGUAACGCGGAAUCUCGCCUGUAUACAAAUGUGAUAUUUAUUUUGUGUGUCGAUCUGUUUGUUGUUGUUUUUUUAUUGUUGAUUAUUGUGUAAUUGAGUUGUUAUAUUAAACGUUUGUCAUAAAUUUA